UGUAGUUUAGGGCCCCGGUCUCUCUUAGUUGGCGACGGUGUCUCUCGCGAGGAGGUUUCGCCCCGCCGUACCGGAUCCAAUAUACUCGGCUAAGUCCGACUGGUCGGCUAAGAUAUUCUCACGUCCUCACGAAAAACGCGACGAUGGCAAGCUCCUCAGAGGGAGACACCGUCAGGCCGACGAACACGAACAAAUCAACGACGACUGGAGUCAGCAUUCUCGCAUCCACGGAGGGUGCGAGAAAACGACGACGAUUAGAAUCUCUGACAACGAACUCGGAGAUCCCUAAGAAAACGCAGCGACGCGACGAGUCGUGCAACUCCUAUGCUGAAGCAACCAACGACAGAAGGGCUGAGCAUACGGAAGAUAAAAAGGACUCGUCAUUGCCACGUCUGAGAAAGAAAGAUCAGACUGUGCCAAUAAGUCCGCAAGAUGUUAGAAUGUCACGGUCUUGCGAAGCAGGCGUGGGAAGAUGUGAUGCGACUAGAUUGAGAAAAACGAUACAAUGGCUCGAGGAAGGAGCGCGAAGGCUACGCGAGGACCUGGCGAACGUGCGAACAGAGUUACACGAAGAGCGAAGGGCGGCAAAAAUUGCCAAGAGGGAGUUCGAAGCUGCCCUUCGAGAGGCCCGAUUUGCCGAGGCAGCCAAGUAUCAACCGAUCAUAGCCGAGCUAAAGACUAGGAUCGUCCAAUCAGUGUCGCCAUCGCCAUCGCCGUCGCCACCGUUCAAAUCGGAUCCCGUGAAAGACGAGAGUCACAAGCAUGAAUUGUCAACCCUCAGAAAACGCUUAAUUGAAGCUGAGGGCACAAUACGAAAACUCGAACAAUUGGUGAAAUCGCAAGCAAACACUGCUCGCAAUACCAAUGGUACUUCUUCCUACGGCGAUGCGCGCCGUCUGGAAGCGGAAAUACGAAAUCUACGCGGAGAAAACGAGAAACUCGAAGAAAAAUUGCGUAUCGCUCUAAAUGCCGAGAAAGCUCGCAUCGCUGAGAUACGAGCACAACGGGAGAAUCACGAGGCUGAACUUUCCGCAAUGCGAAAAUCCCUUCGCAGCGAAGCUAUAAAAAUGAUGGAUGAGCUGCGUGGCAAGAGCCGAGAGAUUGAGAAGCUGUCGAAGCUCUUGAAACGUCGAAAGUUGGCGCCGGCGGAGCAGGAGACGAUGCGGAAGUUACGGGAGAACGAGGGGAACCGACCGAUACAGUCGGCAUCUCGCAUAGACAAAAAGAGUCUCAAAGACGACAGUCACAUGGUGAGGUCAUAUGUGCGCGCAAUAGAAUCCGACAGAGCCAUAAAUGAAAUCGAGGUCGAGCGCCUCCGUGAACUCGCGCUCGAGCAGCAGGAAGUCAUCGAAAUACUUAGACAGGCAGUUAAGGAGAGGGAAAGGAAGUUGGAGCAGUUGUCCAACAAGAAAAGGAAGGAGGAAUUCUAUAAGCAGUGGCUAGAAUUGGAGCCGGUAGCCGAAGUGGACGACGAGGAGGAUCACGAAGAUGAUGACAGCGCUCUGUCGAGCGCCCCGUCUUCGAUGUCGCCCCAGCCUGGAGGCUACGGUCAGUGGCAGAGCAAUGGUGUCACCAGAGAGGCAUAUGAAGCCGUUCUUGUCGAGAUCGAGGAGUUACAGUCAAGGCUUCUUAAAGAGCAACGCGAACUGUCGCAUGCCAGGGUUCAAAUUUGCGACCUGGAGAAGGCGCUCUUGCAAGAGAGAUGCUCCGAUCGUGACAAAGAGUUGAGUGAGCUGAACGAAAAGCUUCGAGCUGCCGAGGAACGAGAAGCUACACUUUUGGUGGAGCUCUCGGAGAUACGAGAGCAAAACGAGCUGCUGGAAUUUCGGCUGCUCGAAAUGGAAGAGAUACCCGUGCGCAAGGACAGUCCCGAUGCGGUGGACAGCGGCAUCGUCUCACCGGAACCUGCUCAUACGAAUAAGGAUCAUUCAAUCAACAAACAGCGUAGCCGCGCCGUGGCAACCGUGAUACCCUACACAAAUAAUGCUACAAUGAACUCCGUGAAAUCCACAUCACCCGUGUUACCGCGUAAGCCCCCGCUCACCCUCCAGGAGAGUGGUAUAUUCGAGGAGGAGGACGAGGAAGAUGAAGAGAAAGAGUAUGAAAAUGAAGAGCGCGACGUCGAGUUCGCUAGCUGCGGUACCCAAACGGAAGCGCCGUCCGGCGAACUUCUGCAGGAAGUGCAGCGUCUCCAAGAAUUAAGGGCUCGAAUCCAGGAACGAGCGGUCAAGAUCACAACACCGGUCUUCCAUCCGACCGAUUCAUCUAAGAUCUGUUUCGACGUGUCGACAGUGGAUUCGAUAGUCCAGAUGACCUCCUAUCAGGAGCGCGUUCGUGACCUCGAGGAGAGACUCGAAGUGCAUGAGGAAGCCGAGAGGAGCCGGGAACGAGAAAAACAGCUGUCGAAGCAGCGGGAGGAGGAGCUGUUGGAUGAAAACUAUAGACUCACAGAGAGAACAUACUGGUUGGAAAACGAGCUGCGGACCAUGCCCGCAAAGUGUGCUUUCGACGAGCAUAACAGCGUCGGUAGAGGCGAGACAACUGUCACACUGGAAGUGGACAUGAAUCCAAAUCAGCGUCAAGUUCCUGAAGAUACGCAGAAUGUGGAAGAUCAAUUUAAAGAUGCAAAUUGCACGCGCGCUGUUCAAACCAUAGAAACGUAUGAGAAUUACAUUGCGAAAUGCCCUCGAUGCCAAGAUAAAGAUAACUCCGACCAACAGAUCAUCCUGGGUGCUCAGCGCAAUAUCACGCUUGUAUCCCUGGAAGAGAAGGAGAGGGAAGGCAAAUUGAAAAGCUGUGAGUCCGAAGAACCGGCCGUUGUUGAUCUUACCCAGAAUGACUCGGGAAAGAAGGUUAGCCGAAGACGAGUUAGGGGUAACGAACGCGAAAUACGGUCUGCGAAAACAGCAAGAAUGGGAAACGUCAGAUUCGUCCGCGACGUCUCUUUCGGGCGAAGGGACCAUCCGUUGGUCCUGUAUCAGGAAAUUUGCGUUUAGCUCACGCCGUCGCUAUGUCGAAUCCUUAACAACGAACUCUAGUUAAGACGGGCGUAGCCUAAAGAUCCGAUAACAUCGUCUUAGUAAACUUUCACUGUAAUUCCCCGUUUUCACGCCGAAGAAAGUUGUGCUCGCGUUAUAAUUGAAAGCUGGUGCCUCUGCCCAAGUUGACGUGUAGUUUUUGAGAAGCUGGCGGCCUCCCUCGCGAUAGAGGGUCGCGGAACAAUGCGUGUGUUCUCCGGAGCGACGGCUUCCAGAAAAUAGCGACGAACAGAAGAAGACCGAGGUCGUGGAGAAAAAAUGCAGAUGAGGAGGUGAGGGGAACAAGGAGAAGGAAAGCUAACCGACUACAUGUCUACCUUACGUCUUUGAGCGUGAUCUAUUUUCGCUGGAGAUAAAGGCGAGAAGAGGUUCUCCAUCGUCUCUCGUCGUCGCAGACUCUGUCCAUCAACCCACGAGUUCCACGGAGAGUCAAUGAACCCGUGGGUGAACCCGCGGCACAAACGAGGACAAUACGGCUGGCGCUGCUUGGUGUUCCCAAGUGACGAUCAGAAAUGGUACGUCCUAGAAAUAAAACGAGGGCGCCUGCGGAUCGAGUGCCAACCCUAAACCCUCGGUUUGGCGUACUCCACCUCCCCCACGUCACGACCAAUCUUUUCGUACAAGCUGUGAAAUCAAGUGCCAAAUAAGCCGUAGACUAAAUAUCUCCUUCACACGCGAGCGUAAAUUAUAUGAAGCAUUGUUGCAAAAUAACUAUAUAUUAUAUAAUAUAACGGUGCUUUGUAAUAAUUGUUACAACGUUGUAACAAUUAUUACAAACUAAUUUCACGUAUGGUUCAAAACAUCUGCGAUUGAUGCAUUUCUUUUUACGGGAUGGCGAUACACCCAGAGAAUCAAAGGAAGAUCGCACCAAACAGACGUGUCCUUGCAUCAAGCGACGUAUCAGAUAUAUCUCUGAAUUCUUAGUGUGUCUUAUCGAAAUUCAAAUCUACGUUUCGACGUACAUUUAAAUUUGAUACGACGAGAGAAAAAUUGCGCGUGCGUAAAUUCAUUUGAGACGACACACGUCGCGUGUGCGUCGCAAAUUAUCGCGCGAUCCGUGAUGCAUUGAGCGAUGCACAAAGGCACGUCCGUGCGGUGCCAUUCACGCUGAGAACAAAGAUUCUGUAGUAUCUACAUCAACGAUUAUUGGAGAUAUUGUUAUAUUUCCGUCAUUAUACACUGCAUGAAGAAUCGUUAGAGAGAGAGAGUAAUUGUAGGAAAGUAAUAUACACGUAUCGUAGGGAAUAUAUAAAUUCCUAGACGGAUCGAUUCACUUUUCUCCGAUAUAUUCUUCUUAGUUUUUCUCUUUAAACCUUUGCACAUUGAUUUUGCGCGAUAUAAGGUACAUAAUAGGAUUGUAUACUGAAUUAAUCCGAAAUAAUCGCUACCUUCGCUGUAGAAUAAUUUCAUGAAUCUUAUUGAAACUAAGCUAGGCUUGCGUGUGUCUCUUUAUAUCUGAAAAAUAUAUACGUGUACUCUCGCGUACGUAUGCUUCAGCAUUUAAUAUUCAUUGAUAUGUGUAUUAGAAUGUAAACAAUGUGUUUCUAGUCCUACUUUUCGUUCGAUCGUUGAACACAGCGUGCCUUAGCACGAAUAUUGACUUCGAGUGAUUUGGUAGAUUUAGUAUCUUUUACAAGAAGUGUGUAUAUCCAAGCGCUUAUCGUAUUUAUGCUGUAUGAACUUUCGAGACAAUUCAAUCACGCCUGUCUGACAGCUUUAUGGCUCCUCGCCUCACAGGUUCGUUUCAUACAUAGAAUUGAUUUUAUUCGUUGUAUCUGCGUGUGUAUCUACGAGAAACGAAUAAAAUUGUCUACCUGUU